AUAAGCUAUCAGCGGAUGUGUCGUCAUCAAAACGAGACGUUACCGGAUACAGCAGUGUAUCGAAAGGAAAGGGGAACAAACGAAGUGACAAUGAAUUCCAGAGGACUUCGCUCUCAGCUUAAGGACAGUGUACCUGUGGCUGGGUUCUCUCCACAGGGAGCUUACGGAGUGCAGGACUCCCUCCGUAGUGGAUUUACCAGUGUUAAAAAUGAACUGCUUCCAAGCCACCCGCUGGAGCUGUCAGAAAAAAAUUUCCAGUUGAACCAGGAUAAGAUGAAUUUCUCAACACUCAGAAACAUCCAGGGUCUUCACGCUCCUCUAAAACUUCAAAUGGAGUACAGGGCGGCCCGACAGAUCCAGCGUCUCCCAUUCCUACAGAGCUCAAAUUUGGCUCUCGAUACGCUGCGAAACAGCGAUGAGUCCAUUGGAUUUGAAGACGUCCUCAACGAUCCAGCCCACAGUGAAGUGAUGGGUGAGCCACACAUGAUGGUGGAGUACAAAUUGGGAUUGUUGUGAACAGAGUUGUGCACACAGAUCCAUAUUAUUAUUAUGUAUGAAUACAUUUGUUUAUCAACUCCAUAACCAAAGUUAGUAGUUGGUGGAGAGUUUUAGUUGUGGAGUACUUUUGAGCAGGAAAUGGGUGUGCGUGUGUAGUGAUCUUGAAAAAAGUCACUCACACAGGCUGCUUUUGUAUGAUUUCAUUUGGUUAUUUCUAAUAAACUUCAUGACUCUCCUCAUUGUCCUGGUUCAUUUGAUCAG